UAUAUGUUGCUAGGUAACUUCCAGCUGAGUGAGGGGGGUGAGGUGCUGAAGCGUUUCAGUGAGGUGGAGGCUGUGUGUCUUCAGGCCCUCAUGGCCGACCCCCUGCGUCCAUUUGUACCGCAGUAUCAUGGCUCGGUCACCAAGGGGGGCGAGAGUUACAUCCGCCUGAAGGAUUUACUGAGUGGCCUGAAGAACCCUGUCAUCAUGGACUGCAAGAUGGGCGUGAGGACAUACCAGGAGGAGGAGUUAACCAAAGCACUCACUAAGCCCACCCUGCGGACUGAUAUGUACCAGAAGAUGGUAAAAGUAGAUCCGACGGCUCCCACAGUGGAGGAACAUGAGCAGCGAGGCGUGACGAAGUGGCGCUACCUGCAGUGGAGGGAUAACACCAGCUCAACUGCCACAUUAGGCUUCAGGAUCGAGUGCAUCAUGAUGGAGAAUGGCAGCGUACAGCGGGACUUUAAGAAGAUGCUCACCCCAGCCCAGGUCACCGAGGCCCUCCUCUUCUUCACCAAGAGUCAGCUACACAUCCUGAAGGCCUACCAUUCCAGACUUCAGACUCUGGAUGAAGCACUGAAGGAAUCCCCAUUUUUCAAAGCCCACGAGGUGAUUGGCAGCUCGCUCCUCUUUGUCCACGACCGGACCAGUCAGGCAAGCAUCUGGAUGAUAGACUUUGGGAAGACCACCCCAUUGCCCAGCAGUGUGCAGCUGAGGCACGACGUCCCUUGGGCAGAGGGGAAUCGGGAGGACGGGUACCUGAUCGGGCUGGCCGCCCUCACCUCUUUCGUGGGUCAGGCCAUCAGCCAGGCAGCCUGCAGACAGGAGGAGAACCAUGGAGAGGAGAUGGGCAGUGUCGCACACACCCUGCAGGAACAGGAACACACACAGACUAAAAGUCAGGGUGGUCAGGGCGAGGCAGCACAGAAUGAAGGUACUUCUGAUGGAACAAGAGAGAACACAUCAGGACAAUACUUACAGGAAUGUGUUCCCUAAUUUACAUCGAUUAUGUUUGUGGAUGAUUUGAGGCAUUGCAAUAAACAGUAUUAAUGGACAGAAGUCUCAACUGUUUAGACAGAAUACAGGGUGAAUUGAGUUGAAUAAGGUGUUUGUGGACAAUAUUUUUUCAUUUUUUACAAUAAAA